UCGACUCCAUGGCGUACCAUAAUAAUCCCCACGUCCCACCGCCCCCAGUUGUCUUAGGCCCUACUCAGCGUCCGAGACCCUCCUUUGCCGUUCCGACGACGAGCGCACGAGCCAGCACCAGUUAUCUCGGACCAACGGCCAACUCAAACCAGAAUAAUAUUCCCAUACAUCCCCCGACGCCAGCGCCGUUCAAAGCACCCGCACACAGACAUGCCCACCACCUCCACUCCAUCCCUCCCCGCGAGAAAUCAGCCCGGACGCUUAUCAUCGAUUAUCAACUCUGGACACAUGCACGCACUCGCUUCGCUCAGGCUCGCUCUGAGCUUGGCAUGACGGACCGCACGGGCGGUCAAUUGUCACCGAACUACGCGCACCGCGAACGGCCAGAGAAUUGGGACGAGGACGAGGAGGUACCGAGCGAUGGGGAGAACACAGCGCCUUUGUUUGCGAGGGAGGGAGGGCCAGGACACACGCACGAUGAGGAUGACGACUUGAGGUUUGCGAGGCAGGACUUGGACCUGGCGAGGAGGUUGAGGCUGAGGGCGGAAGCGGUCGAGAAGGUCGUAUCGGGAAUGCUGGAGCAGCCGCCGAUGGACCAUGCGUUCCCGGAGGAUGAGCCUGUUGUCCCUGCGCCGACUUCGCCUAGACAGAGAUCGGGUAGUGUCAACGGUGCUGCGCCACCGACGGGGAUAGGUACAGGCAAGCACCCGCACAUGCUGCCGAACGGGGUGAGGUUGAGGCUGGCACUGGCGACGGUGCUGAACGACCUGUUUGCGAGGCAAAUGCCGGCGAUGCGGCAUGUCAGGCCGGAGCUCUCGAGGAGUGGCUCAACGUCGGCUACGGAUAGCUCGCAGCCCUCGCCCGUAUUGUCGACCGACAGGCUCUACAGCCAGAAUCCAUUCGCGACAUCUGGUCUUCCGUACGCUCUCUACCCACUCUCUGUCGUAUCCAGUGCAUCUGCAUCUCACCCUUCUGCGUAUCCAAACACCCCCUAUUCGUAUUCACCCCAACCCGCCCAACAAAUCCAAUACACUAUGUACCCGCCACCCCAACCUAACCCCCGUGCCCGCGACAUGUUCCUCUCCGGCGCAGAUCCCACCACCGCCAACUCCCCACCAUCCCUCCGCUGUCCGCGUCAUCUUCACAACGGUUGCGAAAUCUGCGUUGAAGCCAAGACCAAGAUUAACACCCGUAUCCGCGGUGGCACGACAACCAACAACUCACAGGGUAGGAACCCAAGCGGAAACACACUUGGCGCAACAGGCGUCACCGGCUUCAAGGAUGGGAGUGGCGUUGGUUCAGGAUUGGCUAGGCCGGGUCUUGGAGGGAGUGUGAUGCGGAGACAGGUUGGUGGAGAACAGGAUGCAGAGCCUAGGGAUGGAGAUCGGGGUAUGGGUACGACGGGCAAGGGCAAUACGAGACUUUCAGAGCUCAUACCCAGGUUUAUUCGUCUCUCUGCCCUCGUCUCGCUCGAGCUCGGACGUGAAGCGGGGCUCGCACCCGAGAUGGAGGACGAAGUCGAAAGUGCCCGACCACCCUCUUCGCAGAGCUCAUCGAACGCUUCUUCGCGGGCUGUCAACCGUCCUUAUGCACGCGCCCUCAAGCCUACGAACGAAUGGUACAUGCUCCUCGCUGGUCUUCUCACCCGUGCCGUCCUCGAAGGAUACCUCACCGCUCACUGGCGGGGUCUUUCUCCCGUGCAAGUCCUCCUCGGCGUUGGUCUCGGACUCGCACCGGACGGAGUGAGCGCGAGCUCGUUGAUGCCGCCUGAUCCGUUCGCAGAGUUUGAUCCGGAUGAUCUACCGGAUCUGGGUGAGGCGAUCAGGAUACUGUUCCCGGCGUUGAGGGCGCAGAGUGAGAUGGUGGCGAGCGGGGUGGCGAGCGGGGCUGUUUGUCCGAGGAGGGAUGAUGGUGAGGCGGUUUAUGAGAGGGAGAUGAUGGCUAGACUAGCCAGGUUCUUUGACGUACCAUCAAGCACACCAGACCUUUCGACACAUAUGGAGGAUCUGGCCUGGCAGUUCCCAGCUGAACCCGUCGAGCGGGCUGCUCUCCGAUUCUGCGAAGCCAUCGCCAAAUGGCGAGGAAAACCAGAGAUUGAAAACUACAAAAAGCAUCCACCAGGCUUCUGGCGUACCCCCGCCUCCACCCCCGCAGACACGACUGGCACCUCCUCCUCCUAUCCACCCACACCCGCGCCACCCACACCACAGAGUCCACAAAUGAAUCGCAGGAGGGCGAAUUCGGGCGCUACGGUAGGGUCGCUUAGAGCUCCGAUCGAGAAGUACUUCAUGAUGCCGGGGCAGUCGUCGGGUAUUGGGAGGAAGCGGGGAAGAGAGGGCGAGAGGGAGUUCAGGGUGAGUGUGACUAGUCCGGUGGCAACGACGGGGAUGGGCGGUGGUGGGGGCCUUAGGUCUCCUCAGAUGGGGAAUGGACAGGGACAGGGUGGACAGAGUGGGAGUGGGAUGGGAGGUAUGAUUGGGAAUGGAAACGGGAAUGGGUAUAUGGGUAUGGGUAUGGGUGGUGGUGUCGGUGGCAGUACGGAUGAUUGGAGGGCGGAGAAGAGGGUGCAUCUUUCUUCGAGCACGUCGUAGGUACCCCGUUCGUCAGUUGUCGUUCGUUGUCUUUCAAGUUUCACUCUAGGGCUUCUUUUGUGGGACUUUCUGAGUAUGAUGAUUUAUGUUUCGUGUUUCCGAUGUGUUUUGUCGGUGCGUCCGUCUGUUGGUGUUCAGCGAGAGAGAGAGAGAUUGUGGCACGCACGCAGUUUUGAUGGGCCUUGUACGAUUUUCCGAGCGUCGAGUGUUUCUUUUCUUUUUCGUGAUCCUUACUCUUAGUCUUAUUCCCUCAUUACCUCUUCUUCCAAGUUCUCUCUUUCCCUACCCGGCUCUUUCCACUAUCCACAGCUCCUAAUCCGUCCCUCCGUUCGUCCAUGCACUUGCACCCGCGCUCAUGGUUUGUCGCCAUAUAUUGUUACUCUUUCUUUGAUACCGAUACCUAGCCUCGUUCGUCAUCCCGCUACCAGUACUGCUCUCAACGAAGCUCCCCAUGCCACUCAUCCAAUUGUAUCUCUUGUUUUAUCUGUCGAUAUUUUUUGCAAA